GAGGGAGAGGGAGGAGCGUAAACCAGCAACUGAGCGAAUGAGAGACGAGGAGAGGGAAGCAGCACAACAAUAGUGGGCUGCUCUUCUGGCUGUGCGCUCAGAGACAGAUAGAGCGCUCAGAGAGACACACCGACGCUCCGUCAACCAGCUGCAGACAGAUUACAGCUGGCGGUGGCAUACAAGAUACAGGAUACUCACUUUAGUUUUUUCUGCUGGCUCGCUCUGUGGCAGCCAUUCUUCUGCAAAAACCACAGAAUUGCUAAAUAUUGACGCGGGAGCAUUUCACAGAUUUUUGUGGUCAUUGCAUGGGAUUUUGGCCUCAGUUGGACUUGAGGAGCGUGUCCAGAGACAUUUUUGGACUAGUUUUUGCUGUGCUCAGUUGAAUUCUCUGAGGGUCACCGCCUGGACAUUGGAACAGCUGACGUGCACUUUGGCGCCAGUGGGAGUUUUGGUCAACUGUGGGUUCACCUCCGUCAGCCCCUUUGAGGAGAACUUCUGUUUGUUUGCUCUGACAUUUUUUGUGCAGCCAAGUGAGGGGAGGGGGCUUUGAUAGCUCCAUCCCUGAAGAAAAGGAGCACUAGAGCAUUUCCAUCUGUGUGCGUUUGGGUGAGACGAGCGUGUGUUCUGGGGGAUGCCGCUGGAUGUGGUGAUUGCCCCAGCAGAGGACUGCUUUUGGCCGGACCUCCAGGACACAGACAUGAGGCUGAAGAUCAGGGUCCGCCGAAUGAAAGAGGGAAGAGAACUACGAGGAGGUUUUGCUGCUUUCUCCUCCUGUUUCCCCGGCCUGUGUGAAGUGAAGCCUGCCACCGCUCUGCCUAUGAGCUUGUCCCAGCCCUGCUUGACUGUGGCUAACGUAGGGCUCACUCGAAUCCUGCCACACCUCUACCUGGGCUCACAGAAGGAUGUCCUCAACAAGGAUCUGAUGGCUCAGAAUGGUAUCACCUAUGUGCUGAAUGCCAGCAACACCUGCCCCAAGCCGGACUACAUCAGUGAGAGCCACUUCAUGCGAAUCCCGGUCAACGACAACUACUGUGAGAAACUGCUUCCCUGGCUGGACAAAACCAAUGAAUUCAUAGACAAAGCUAAGGUGUCAAACUGCAGAGUCAUUGUGCACUGCCUGGCUGGAAUCUCGCGUUCAGCAACCAUCGCCAUCGCAUACAUCAUGAAGACAAUGGGCUUGUCGUCAGACGACGCCUACAGGUUUGUAAAGGACCGGAGGCCGUCAAUAUCCCCCAACUUCAACUUCCUUGGUCAGCUGCUGGAGUUUGAGAAAGGCCUGCAGCUACUCCAAGCUUUAACUUCCACCACUGACGACCAAAUCUCAGAGGUUAAUGGAGUUGAUACAGGUUUUGAAAUGAACGGUCACCACAGCAAAUAUGAUUCAUCGGUGGCAGAGCCCCACAUCCCAGCAGAGCCCAAGCUACCGUCACCCACCUCCCUCCAGCAAGGCUUCAACGGCCUGCACCUCUCUGCAGAGAGGAUCAUGGACACUAACCGGCUCAAACGCUCCUUCUCCCUGGACAUUAAAUCUGUCUACUCCCCCAACAGUCCCCGCUGCCCUAGCCUGGCCCCCACACACUCUGAAGACGUCCCUAAGCUGUGUAAGCUUGACAGCCCAGGAACAGGCACUUCCAACGGUGUCUGCUCCCAGUCGCCCGUCCUAGACAGCCCCAGCUCCUCUGAUUCACCAUUCCCCUCACCAGGCUGCGGGGGCAGCAUCGGAGGUUUGGGGUUCGGAGGAAGUGAAGUCCAUCGGUCGAGUUCUUCCUCAUCCAGACCCAGAAGGAAAGCUAAGCACAGCUCCAGCACUUCACCAGUCCACUCCCAACCACACCAACCUCCUCAGUCCCUCAGCUUGUCGCUGGACCACAAGAAACCCACCCUGGACGAGAACCUAAAAGGCUCCCUGCUCCUCACACUACCAUCCCUGCCCACCGCGGGGUCUGGGGUCAUGUGGACCAAACACAGAGACACUGUCCAGGCCACCACUCCUGUCACGCCUGUCACCCCCCCCACAGAUGCUCCCUGGCAUUUUGGGGCAGAGGUGGGCGGUGUCGGAGCGAUGGAGCUGGGAGGUGGCGGAGAUGGAGGAGGAGAGGAGUCGUCAGUGAGGUUUGGGAGCAGCUCGGCAUAUGUGGCGUUUGGGUGUAGCGAAGGUGUGCGGUUACGAGACAAAGCCCAGAGGGAGAAGUCCUCACCACCACAGACACAGAGAGACCACCGGGAGUCCACCUCGUCGUCCACUGUGUCCAACAGCUCGAACAUCAGCGGAGCUGCGUCAGAGAAGCAGUUCAAGCGACGCAGCUGUCAGAUGGAGUUCGAGGAGGGCAUCUCUGAGACACGGUCCAGAGAAGAGCUGGGGAAGAUUGGGAAGCAGUCAAGCUUCUCUGGAAGCAUGGAGAUCAUCGAGGUAUCCUGACAGAUAAUGGACAUGAGCAGAGCUGUUCCCUGGGGACAAAAAUUGACCUGUUAGAAGGAGUUCAAGAAGUGGACAAAUGAGGAAGAGCAGAAGAGAGUUUUGUGUGCUCCCCUCUCAGACAGUGUUAAAGACUCCAACUGAGAGAAGGACAAGUAGCUACACAAUGUGAAAAGGUUAGCAAGCUAACUAGCAUUUGCACCUGGACAGACAGGGCCUAAGAUGUGAUGCUUAGCUGACCAUAACCAUCCUGAACUCUCGUACAGAUCUGAGGAAAGCUCGGGUACAAGGGGGGGGGGGGUGAGCUGACUAUACUGUAGGUACUGAAAAUCUUAACGUUUCUGAGCUCUGUCCCAGACUCUGGGGAAAGUGACAUUUGCAUCCUUAUUAUAUAGAAACCCCCUGUUUUGACAGAGUUCACACACAAACUGCUUGCCUGUGGUCAAAUGUUGUGUGCUUCAGUGGGUGUAUAGCUUGUGAUUUGAAACCAAGCCCCGUGUUUCCUCCCAAAAGCUUCACCCCAAUGUCGUAACGCCUCGAAACCUUCGCACGGACAGCAUCCACCCCCUCCCUUCCCCAGUGGCUCUGCCCGCUGCAGCCUCUGCAUUACGACGAUAACAGACUCCUGAACACCGUCUCAUCACAUGGCUCACAGCACAAGGCAGAGAGAGAUCCCAGGGACUUGAUGGAAAGGCGGUACUGCAUCCAAACAAUGAAGGAUCCUCAACUUUUUUAUUAAAGAAAAGACUUUUAAGCAGUGACCGGCGGUGUCAUGUCUCCCCCCCACCCACCCUACAAAGCACAGUGUGUCUUUCCUGACUUUGGCUCCCUUGUUUCCAGUGUUAACGGUGUGUUGGGACUGAGAUUUUUCGGGACGGUGACAAGGGUCCAGUUUAAAGGCCCUUCAGCUCCUCUUCAGGCCCCACCCCGCCCCCUAUGGUCACCACUGAGCAUGCACCAGAAAGGCUGACAGACAAAAUACUAUAUAUACAAUACGGAUAUAUAUAUAUAGCAAUUUUAAUGGACUUCUAAUGGACUUCUUUUGUUGUUAUCGUCUUUAAUUUAUUGUACUGGUUCAUUCUGGUAAUGAGAAAUAAUAUAAUGUUUUGUGGAUUUAUUUCCUUUUUUUUUCUUUUGUUGAAUUAUUAUUAUUAUUAUUAUUAUUAUUAUUAUUAUUAUUUGCUGUAUGGUAUUUAUGAACACACCCUCAUACAAAUACACACAUUCAACAAAUUCAAGAAA